AUGGUCAUUUCGGCAGCAUUCCUCUACAUGUUUUCGGAAUUUUAUUUGUUAUCAUUCGAAGCGAAGUUACUUAACAACAAAAUAAGCAUGGUCUUGUCUCGUUUAUUUCCAUUCAAAGUAAGAAACGCGAAAAUGAAUAAUGAGAAAAAGACCUUCGAGUACAACCUGACCCACAUAUUGCUCCUGACAAUAUGCAUAAUCAUCCUUAGCCUCAAGCCUGAUUAUAGCUUCCACAGCAAGGUGCCCCUUAAGGAAUGCAAAACAAGCCAGAGGAAGGAAGAUUCGCACAAAGUAGAAGACCUUGAUAGAAUGCAAAGAGACAAGAAAAAGUGA